AUGGCCGACUCGGACGAGGAAUAUGUCGGAGAUGUCACAGAGGAUGAAGAUGAUCUCCAGGUAACCCGGAAAGACCAGGUCGGGACAAGGAAGAGGAAACAGCGUGGGGGAGCUGAGUGGGAGCUGUCCAGGACUUGGGAAACACUUGUUGAAGGCGCAGAUGGUACGAUCAGUGCGACAGUAGAGGGGCUACUGGAAGCUGGGAAGCGGAAAAGGCUGUUAAAAGAUACAACUCCUCUGCAACGCGGUAUUAUACGGCAUCUGGUCCUUGUCCUCGAUCUUUCACAGUCCAUGUCCGAAAAAGACUUACGUCCGACACGUUACUUGCUGACCCUGCGAUAUGCGCAGGAAUUUGUCCGAGAAUUCUUUGAACAAAAUCCCAUCUCACAACUAGGCGUCCUAGGCCUACGGGAUGGCCUGGCUCUUCGAAUCAGCGAUAUGAGUGGGAAUCCCACGGAACACAUGACAGCCAUUCAAUCACUCAAGACUCAAGACCCGAAAGGUCUCCCCAGUUUGCAAAAUGGUCUAGAAAUGGCCCGAGGUGCCCUUUUUCACACCCCCAACCAUGGCACUAGAGAAGUGCUGGUUAUAUUUGGCUCCCUCCUGUCCUCGGACCCAGGUGAUAUUCAUCAGACGAUCAACACCUUGAUUGGUGACAAGGUACGAGUUCGCAUUGUCGGUCUCGCUGCACAGGUCGCGAUUUGUCGUGAGCUUUGCACAAAAACAAAUGGAGGUGAUGAAACUGCCUACGGUGUGGCGCUUAAUGAGCAGCACUUCCGGGAACUGAUGAUGGAUGUGACCACACCUCCCGCCGUAUAUUCCCAAAAACAGUCCGCUAGCUCGCUGUUGAUGAUGGGCUUUCCAUCCCGAACAGUUGAGUCGAGGCUCUCUCUCUGUGCUUGCCACUCCAAACCAUCCCGGGGCGGGUACUUGUGCUCCCGUUGUGGCAGCAAGGUAUGUAGUCUGCCCGCAGAGUGCCCCUCUUGCGGGCUUACCCUGAUUCUUUCGACGCACCUUGCCCGUUCAUACCACCAUCUAUUCCCUUUGAUCAAUUGGGUCGAGGUGUCAUGGCGCCGGGCUUCACGGAGUACCGGGUGUUUUGCCUGUGGCCUCCCUUUUCCUGCUGUUCCACCGGAGGACCAAUGGCAAGCGGCCGAAACCCACACCAAAGGAAUGAGUGUGAGUAGUCGUUACGAGUGUACAGCAUGUCAAAACCACUUCUGCAUUGAUUGCGAUCUCUUCGCCCAUGAAAUUGUGCAUAAUUGUCCUGGAUGCCAGAGUAAAAAUAAUCGGGCCUUGGACAGCGUGGCGAAGGCAGAUGGAAUGGACACGAGCAUUUAA